AUGACAAAGACUUGCACCAAGGCCAUUACAACGUGGACAACAGUUAACAAGCCUACGUCAACAGUCCUUGUCACGCAGUAUAAGCUUACAACAUCCGUCCAGUACGACACCAAAACUGUCGACACGCUACAGACCACGACGGCCAGAGAUACUGCCGUCUCAACCGACAUCUCUGUAACAUCGGUGGUCACAACAAUAACACAGUCAGCUACGUCCACAGCCACGGAGACAAUCACUGCAACUGCAACCUCAACCUCUAUUCAAAACAUCCAGGCUGACCCUUGCGCUAAUCCUGUUCUCUACCAGGCCAUCCGACCCUUCUACCCUGCCGCUACGGUCGGCGUCUUGUCCGACUCCUACUCCCCUCAAGACUGCUGCCAAAGAUGCUUCGGUACCAAUGCUGGCUGCCUCUACUGGCGCUACUCAAAUCAGGCUUGCUAUUUAUACGUCAUUCCAAAUGCUGUUGCUGCUUCGUCGUGCAUCACAAGCUCAUGUCGGAAAGGAAGGCCAGCGCUCGUUCCAGCGCCCGGAGAUGGAUCGACGUAUGGAAUUGGAAUAUGUGCACAAUCAGAUAUCGAUGGAUGA